AUGGAGAACGGCGGCAGGCCGGUCUACGAGGACACCACCAGCCCCGCCGAGCAGCCGCCCCGCAAAGGACGCCGCUCCUGCGGCUGCACCGCCGCCCGCCUGGGGGUCCCCCGCCUCCUCCUCAAGGCUUCGCAACUGGGUCUGUCCUUCCUGGCCUUUGUACUUGAAGAAGUCUUAGAAGUAUGCACCAGCUGUGGUGGGCUUUACUUCUUCGAGUUUGUCAGUUGCAGUGCCUUCCUCUUGUGUAUCCCAAUCCUUGCCAUGUAUUGCACGUCACUCUAUGAGAGAGUAGGGAAGCAGCAAGUCAAGCAGUUGGAUUUCUGGAUUGUUACAAUAGUGGGACUCCUUUUCUUGCUUGCUUCAAUUGUGUUUUCUGCAACCAAAGAUGGGACGCCAGUUGAAAUUGCUGCCAUUGUGUUUGGAUUCUUUGCCAGCUUCGCGUUUAUUGCGGAUACUGUUGUGAUGCUCCUCGAUAGAUGUCGUGCUAGAAACGAGACACCUCAAGAAAACCCAGUCAGGCUACCGAGUGAAGCAGAGCACCAGCCGCUGAAUAACCAGCCAGCCUAA